AUGGAACGCAAAGUCUACACUACCAAACUGUCCGCUGCAGGGAAACAUUGCAUAGGGAAAGCACAAAAGAACCACGAGGCUGUGACGAAUUCAGUAGACCUAGAGCAUGAGCAUGAUUCCCAGAUACAGAAGUUGCCGCUAGAGUCCGUGAGCCACGCGGGUGUGGUGCCCUUAAUACUGCCUCUGUACAAACUGAAUCGGCAAGUUAAAGAGGCCCCCAUGCCUUACUAA